ACAUACUAGUACAAGGGUUCAACUGCCUCAACUUCCGCUGCACUACUCCAAGUCUCAAGUCUCUACAAGCUGGGACUUAGUCUCUGCAAAAGAUUCUAAGGGUCUUUUUUAGCCCAACAAUUACUAUUCAGUUGAGACGGGUUCACUUUGCGUACAAGGAGAGGUCCUUAAGGAUAAAUUGCAUAUGGAAUACUCCUCGGCGUAAAAGGGGGUCGUCUACAAAGCAUAUGACCUGUACGGGGUUCUCGGUAGCUCUGUCCCCUCGACUAGUCAGCAGCGCAACCCACCACCUCAUUUUCUGUGCAGUACCUGUUGUGAGUGGCACGUGACGCGCGAGCACAGUUGUCUCUGAUUUCUCAUCAGUAUUGCCCUCCCAUCCCUUGCUCCCUUGGCACAAUGGCGCGAGGAUUCUUGGAAAUCGCACAAACAGUCGGACCGGGUGCGUGGUGUAAUGUGCCGCCAAGCAGCAUUUCUACUGCAUGUUCGAUGGCAGGCAGCACUAGACUCCGUUGCAACAACUUCAAUCUGCCAUUUCAACGCGCGUGGCUGUAUUCUCGCGCACAGCGGCGCUCUAAUCCAUUCCGCGAAAUCCCUUGCUAAGUUCUCGCUCGAUUUCGGUAGCGACUGACACUUGCAAUGGAGCCAACAUCUCUUAUCGCCGUGUGGAGCGAAAAUCAGGCGAUGUCGCAGCCGUCGCCAACGUCGCAGAGGCCUCCGCCUGCAGAAGAUUCUCCAGCAGCCGGCGGGUUCGUCUUAUCAGAGGAACAGGCUGAGCCUGGGGACGGAGAUGCUUAUAUCGAAGACCAUUGUGACGGAGCUAACUGUAACGGCGAUUCAGGGCCUGAAUCAGACGAAGGCGUUCAUGCUUCACUAGAGGAUGCUGACGACGACGAUGAUGACGACGACGACAACGAUGACGACGACGACAACGACGACGACGAAGACGACGACGACGACGCAAUUCAACUCGGAUGCGACGCAUUUUUGGAGGAGGUGGAGGAGGUGGAGGAAGAGGAAGAUGACGGCAACCAGUGUGACGAAGACCAGGGGGAGGACGGCCCGGAUUGGGAGUGGGGAGUGGGGCGAUUCCACUGCGUUUCCCCACCGGGCUCGUUGGCGGCUGGCGAUUCUGCCACGGACGGGUUGUCCCUGAUAGAAGCGGAGGCGUUACAAGCACAGGCCGCGUGCCACGCCGCGUUUUCCGCCGCGCAACAAGGCAAGAAGAGCCGGCCGAGUCCGAGCGCGGAGCGGGACGACCCGUGGCAGUUGGGCGCGGAGGAAGGGGGGGAGGCGGAGCGGGAGGAGGCGGAGCGCGUGCUGCGGUGGUGCACGGUGCGCAGCGUGGGCAAGCGCGGCAUGGUGCGCUUGCAGAUGGAGGCGGGCGGCAUCGUCAGCAACGCCAGGGCGCUCGCAGCGCUGAGCCUCUCCACCGCCUCCCCCAUCGUCCUCGCCUUGCACUUCCCCGACCACGCCUGGCGCCUCCGCCCCCUCCAAAAGCAGCAGCACCACCACCUCCAUCAGCGCCAUCACCACCAUCAGCAGCAGCAUGGGAGUGGGAGGGAAGCGCAAGUGCCAUCCUUCCCUGAGCCUUCGCGUGUGGUGGUGUCCCAGCCAGCGGCGGAGGGGGGGGAAGGAGGAGAGGUGGGCGGCGGGAAGGCGGAGCAGAGGAGGGAGCGGCGACAGGCGCUGGUGCGAGUGCUGCUGGAGCAGUGCGUGGGGCACUCCAGGAGCAUCAGCACGGACCCCCUCGUCCCCACCCACAACCCUGCCACCGCGGCCAACGGUAGCAAGAGCAGCAGCAACGGCACUGAUGGCAGCACGUGGAGCAGCAAUGCACCUCCCAAGCUGAGCGAGACUGCGAUGCUUGCUGCCUUGAAAAGGCUAGGCGGCUUGGAGCAGGUGAAAUCAGGCGCAGCAGCAUCGGCGUCAGCGCGGCUGGGGUGCAGUGUGCAGGAGGCGCUGGAGGCGCGGGUGCUGCAGGUGGUGGAGGCGGCGGACGAGCGCGUGGGUCGCGAGCCGCCGUGCCGAGUGGGGCUGGACUCGCUUCUGCCCGAUGCCGUCUCUGCCUUCGUCCAGGGGCUGGAGCUGCCCACGCAGAGGGGGGAAGAGAAAGGGGCGGGGAGAAAGGGAGGAGGGGAGCGGGGGGGGGGAGGGUGGCUGCAGGCGGUGUGCGAGCGGUGUGUGAUCUGUGGGCAGCAGCUGGCGCUGAGGACGCAGCGCGUGCGCCCGUGCACCGCGGACUUCUGCCUCUACCGCUUUGAGGAGCUGGGGCUGGCGUCCGACAGCCUCUCCGAGCUGCGCGCCUUCCCCCUCGCCGUGCACCUCGACGUCACCCUCGCCCUCGCCGCCGCCCAGGCCGGCGCCCGCGACGUCUUUGAGCCCUUCCCCUCCUUCCUCCUCUGCUCCGCCCAGCAGCUCCGUGGCCGCUCCGGCUGGUUCUCCGCCCACUCCACCGCUGCUGCCAACGCUGCUGCUGCCACUGAUGCCAGCGGCGGCAGAAGCAGGGGAGCAGGGGGUGGCGGAGGGAGCGGAGCGGGUGGGGGGUAUGGAGGGGGGCAGGGCACGGGGGAGAGGGCGGAGGAGAGGGGCGGAGUGAGCAACAAGCGGCUGAGCGUGCUGAGCAGCGUGCUGCAGAACCUGCCGCCUCUGGCCGCCCUGCAGCAGUGCCAGUCCGAGUGGGAGCUCAAGCUGCUCCUCGCUGCUUCCUGGAUGCUUCGCUCUGCUGUCGUGCGCAAGGCCCUGCAGGCAGAGGCGGCGGAGAAGGCCAAAGUGGACGACCAGGUGGACGAGAGGGCUAAAGGGGUCGACCUGGCAGACAAGGGCAAAGCGGAAGUUGCAGGGGUAGGCGCCGCAGGGCAGGGAGAGGGGGCAGCUGCUGCAGAGGGAGGGUCAGGAGCAGGGGCAGGAGCAGGGUCAAGAAUAGGAGCAGGAGAAGGAGUAACAGUGGCGAGGGGUGAGAAGGCUGCAGCCGCGUCGGAGUCAGCCACGGCAAAGGCAGCAGCGAGGGGCGGAGGUGGGGGGAUGAGUGAGGAGCAGCGGGUGCUGGCGGACGUGCUUCUGCCGUACCGAGUGCUGCGCUUCGUCGUCAGCACCAGCCGCCUCACCCUCCUCAAUCUCCAGGGCGCGCCAGAGGCCACCGACCAGCCCCCCCCAGCAGCCGAACGCCAGGCGCCACAAGAAGCAGCAGCAGCAGCAGCAGCAGCAGCAGCAGGAGCCGGACUCCAUCCCCUUGAGUGUGGGCGUGCAGCCGUCUCUGCUGACCCCCGGCGAGGGGGCGGAGGGGGGCGAGUGGGCGUGCGCGGGGCUGCCCCUGACGGCGUGCCACCAGCUGGCAGUGUUCGCAGACGGGUGCCCCAAGCAGGCCCGCUUCGAGCGCCUGCGCCAAUCCAUGGGGUCCUUCUUCGCCUUCCAUGGCAGCGCCACCCUCAACUGGUUCUCCAUCCUCAGGUGCUGCCACCGGAUGGUGGUGGAACGGACUUAUCGUUUGACUUGAACGGCGUCUUUUGCAUGACUGCAACGCCGUACAUGUCGUCCGAGCCAGCCUUCGGCCCAGGAAUCUACUUCACCUCCAACCUCAACUUCGCUCUUUCGCGAACAAGCGACGCCUUCUCUGCUCGUCAGUUUCAAGACUUCCCUGGCUCGUCUGCCGCUGGUCCUGCGUUUGACUCCCCUGGGUUCCGCUGUGUGGCAAUAUGUGAGGUGCUCCAUUCCCCGACAGCUCGAGGGCGACCAGACAAGUGCAGUCCACCAGAAUUGACUGAAUCGUCGUCGCUUUUGGGCUGGUUGAAAAAGGCUGGAGUGAAGGUGCUGAGGCUUAUCCGCCAUGCAUGCUCCUCAGGCAUCUGGCCUCGUGUGGGGCAUCGUGAACAGAAGCAGCAGCAUAGGGAAGCUGACGCAGAGCCUCCAACGAGAGCAACGGAACUCCUAGCAAGAGAAGCGAGAGAAGAAAGGUACUUGAAUUUGGCGGAAAUUGGUCAUCCUGAGUGGAAUGCGUUCGUGUGGCAACUGCUAUCGAGGGAGUAUGCUCGGAAGGAUGUGUGUGUGAUUGUACCUGGUACUGUCACUGGGGCUGCUGCCAGUGGGGUUGCUGCCAGUGGGGCUGCUGCCAGAGGGGUUGCUGCCAGUGGGGCUGAUACCAGUGGGGCUACUGCUGCCAGUGGGGCUGCUGCCAGCGGGGCUGCUGCCAGUGGGGCUGCUGUCAGUGAGGUUGCUGGUGGCAAGAGUGAGGAGGACAUUGAAGAGGACCCGAAACUCCAAGCCCAAAAGCAUGAAGCAAAAUUGAAGAGCCAAGAGGAAGCAAUGCGGAAGAAUCGACUGGUGGUCUUGGAGCCCGGGUUUGAGGAUCAUAUGUGCAUACGGUACCUCCUCCUUUUUCCGAAUGAUACACAUUCAGUUGUGUCUUCCUGCCGUCCUUUUGGCACGACGGAUACCUCUGUGGCCGCUGGGGGACCGACAUGUCUGGGUAUCAAAGAGGGGCGGAUGCUGAUUGGUGUGGACCUGAAGGAGCUGCAUGUCCAUGCUUUUGAUCAGUGGGAGCAGUCUGGAAGUGAGGCAUUUGAGCAAAGACAGGGAGGGAUGCUUGCUACACUGUUACACAGAAGGAAGAGAAUGGAUGCGGUGAAAGAAUGAGGGAUGAGGUACCGUUAUCUGUAUGUGGCUUUCUCUGCUGGUGUGUUCCUUCCGUUCCAUGUGCACCCUCUUGUGAGAUGAGCAAGCACACGUUGUUUCACUCAUAAAAGUAUUGCCCAUUUCAUUUGUCAAGAAUAUAUAUUUUACCAAGCA